AUGGAGGCCGAAGUGUCCACCCUUCCCAGUGGGGGUGUGUCCUUCCCUCAGGCUGGUGAACCCCUGUCUAAAAGAGCCGAGCAAAAGAAGACCAGUGAACAGGACUGUUCUGCGGUCCAGCAGAGGGCCCAGCUCGAGGGACUGCGCAGGGGCUUUGAGGUGGCAGUGAUGAUGAAGGUGAUGACGGUAAACACCUUAAUGACCACAGUGAUGAUCAAUAGGACUUGGUACCUGGCCAAGCUGUCCUCCGUGGGGAGCAUCUCGGAGGAGGAGACGUGCGAGAAGCUCAAGGGCCUGAUCCAGAGGCAGGUGCAGAUGUGCAAGCGGAACCUUGAGGUGAUGGACUCGGUGCGCCGAGGUGCUCAGCUCGCCAUCGAGGAGUGCCAGUACCAGUUCCGGAACCGGCGCUGGAACUGCUCCACGCUCGACUCCCUGCCUGUCUUCGGCAAGGUGGUGACUCAAGGGACCCGGGAGGCGGCCUUCGUGUACGCCAUCUCUUCAGCAGGUGUGGCCUUCGCGGUGACGCGGGCAUGCAGCAGCGGGGAGUUGGAAAAGUGUGGCUGUGACCGGACGGUGCAUGGAGUCAGCCCGCAGGGCUUCCAGUGGUCGGGAUGCUCGGACAACAUCGCCUAUGGCGUGGCCUUCUCCCAGUCCUUCGUGGACGUGCGGGAGAGAAGCAAGGGGGCCUCAUCCAGCCGCGCCCUCAUGAACCUCCACAACAACGAGGCUGGCAGGAAGGCUAUCCUGACACACAUGCGGGUGGAGUGCAAGUGCCACGGGGUGUCGGGCUCCUGUGAGGUAAAGACGUGCUGGCGAGCCGUGCCGCCCUUCCGCCAGGUGGGCCACGCACUCAAAGAGAAGUUCGACGGCGCCACCGAGGUGGAGCCACGCCGCGUGGGCUCCUCCAGGGCGCUGGUGCCGCGCAACGCACAGUUCAAGCCGCACACGGAUGAGGACCUGGUGUAUCUGGAGCCCAGCCCGGACUUCUGCGAGCAGGACGUGCGCAGCGGCGUGCUGGGCACGAGGGGCCGCACGUGCAACAAGACGUCCAAGGCCAUCGACGGCUGCGAGCUGCUGUGCUGCGGCCGGGGCUUCCACACGGCCCAGGUGGAGCUGGCCGAGCGCUGCAGCUGCAAAUUCCACUGGUGCUGCUUCGUCAAGUGCCGGCAGUGCCAGCGGCUGGUGGAGCUGCACACGUGCCGGUGACAGGCAGCGUCAGCCCCGCGCCAGCAACCAGCUCGUGGCCCGAGGGAGGCCGGUAAUUUAAACAGCGCCCCCGCACCUACCCCAAGGGAUACUGGCUGUACUUUUUGUUUUGGUUUGGUUUUUGGGUCCUCCUGUUAUUUAUUGCUGAAACCAGGCGGGCGGCCCCAAGGGCACCAGCCAGGGCCUCCUCGAAGCCUGGGCCUUUGUGGCCGCCACUGACCAAAGGGAUCUCGCUCGUGCCUCUGGCUGUCCACAUGUGGCCACUGCUGACCACUCGGUUGUUAACUGCAUCUGUUUUUCUACUCACAGACUUAAGCUGGGUAAUGAGGAGCAUUGGUCACAUGCCUACUGACCCUGCCAUGUAGGGAAGGAGGCGGCCCUAUGGCAGGGGGAAAUCAGUGCCAUCUCGAGGGA